GGUAGUUUGGACAUUGCGAGUCUGGCACGCUCAUAUAAUCGCGCUAACAAAGUGUUGAGCCCAUACUUCCGAACUCAGUCUGACAGACAAAGAUUGCCGCGAACUUGUCCCUCCGCUUCCAAUGGCCGCCAGCAAUCCGUCGCAGCUGCUCCCAUCAGAGUUGAUCGACCGGUGCAUAGGGUCGAAGAUAUGGGUGAUAAUGAAGGGAGACAAGGAGCUCGUAGGGACUCUGAGGGGUUUCGAUGUCUACGUCAACAUGGUACUGGAAGACGUCACCGAAUAUGAGAUUACUCCCGAAGGAAGACGUAUAACCAAGCUUGAUCAGAUUUUACUCAAUGGAAACAAUAUUGCCAUUCUGGUCCCUGGCGGCUCACCUGAAGCGGAAUGAGAGGGUAACUAGCCACCCUGCUAUUGAAUAUUUAAACUACAUGUGGUUGGGGGGAGAUUGUUUCUCUUUUUUUUGUCCACCCGGCACUCUUGUUAGUAGGAAGCGACGUGGUUCUAGGACAUAUUAAGGAUAUGGUGUAUUAUGUUUCUUCUAAUUCGGAGUUGUGUUGAUUUUUCAUAUACAUUGACAGGCUGAUCUUUAUUAUUGUUCACAAGGCAUAUUUGUCGAUUUGCCUCCUGUA